UUGGAAUUCUGUCAACUCCAGAUGUCAACUCCCGUAUUGGUGGGCCUAGGUAUUUUAACAGUAGGAUUGGUUGGACGUUAUGUCACCCGUCAGAUUAAAGCUUCCCAGGUGCCGAACUUGCUAAAGCUGUCAGGAUUCACCACUUCGAAAUACUACCGUGGAGGAUUCGAACCUAAGAUGACUCGACGAGAAGCUGCGCUGAUAUUGGGUGUCAGCCAACAGUCGUCAAAAACGAAAAUCCGAGAAGCCCACAAACGAAUCAUGCUGCUCAACCAUCCUGAUCGUGGUGGGUCCCCUUACCUGGCCGCGAAAAUCAAUGAGGCUAAAGAAUUCCUGGACAAGUCCUGAAUCUUCUGCACAACACCCAUGUGGUCUCCGCCGUCACCCUAACCUGUAGAUAGAAUGAUUCAGUUAUUGACAGACACCUGCCUAUUUUGUACAAAGCACUAUGCAAACAAAUCCGCU